AUGCAGGGCUCUUUUUAAGAGAAAGAAGCUCUAUUUGGCAUCUUUGAAUAAGUAAAAGAUGUAGAUACAAAAAUCUUUGGCGUCAUAUUAGAAAUAUUAAGAAAGGAAAAAGCUUAUGACUGCAUUGAAUUUCUAUCAGAUAUUGGGAAUCAGAAACAAUUAGAAUUAUAAAUUUUCUAAUCAGUAGGGAAUAUCACCCAAGCUGAUAAAUUGUCUCUUGUAAGAGAAGACAUGAAAUAAAUUAUAGAUGUAUUAAAAAAUUUAAAAGAUCAUGACUUCAAUAACAAAGACUUUUCCUCUGAAGAAAAUGAGGAAUUUACAUUAACUCUAAAUAAAAUCAUCAAGAAAAAUAGAGGGAUCAUAGAAUUUCUCUAAUUUUUAGUUCGGCUCACAUCCAUUGAUGAAACUUUGAUAUAAUGUGGGUCUAAUUCAUUUCAUCUGUUAGUUUAAGUGAAGGUAGACCUUAGGAAAAAAAAUUUUGAAGAUAUAAAAAUCUACAAUACUUCUUUAGUGGGAGCUAAUUUUAUUAGGUGUAAUUUUAGUGGAUCCUAAUUUAAUAAUGUCAACAUAAGCGGAAUUAAUGUGAAUGAAGCAAUAUUAUUGAAUUGUAAUUGGAAGAAUUUAAGAAUCCAUGAAUUAAAUAAAUUAAAUAAUCAUACUGGAUCUGUAAUAUCAGUCUGCUUUUCUAAAGAUGGAAAUACAUUAGCUUCUGGUAGUGUAGAUAAGUCGAUCCGUCUUUGGGAUGUCAAAACAGGAUAAUAAAAAGCCAAAUUGAAUAAACAUAAUCAUUAUGUCUACUCAGUCUGUUUUUCUCCUGAUGAAAAUAUAUUAGCUUCUGGUAGUAAGGAUAAGUCAAUCCAUUUAUUGGAUGUCAAAACUAAGAAAGAUAUAGUCAUAUUACACGGUCAUUCAAAAACUGUCAACUCAGUCUGCUUUUCUACUGAUGGAAAUACAUUAGCUUCUGGUAGUGUAGAUAAGUCGAUCCGUCUUUGGGAUGUCAAAACAGGAUAAUAAAAAGCCAAAUUAGAUGGUCAUACUAGGACUGUCUACUCAGUCUGUUUCUCUCCUGAUGGAAAUACAUUAGCCUCUGGUAGUUAAGAUAAGUCGAUCUGUCUAUGGGAUGUAAAAACAGGAUAAUUAAAAGCCAAAUUGAAUUGUCAUAAUAGUUAUGUCUACUCAGUCUGUUUCUCUCCUGAUGGAAAUACCUUAGCUUCUGGUAGUGAUGAUGAGUCGAUCCGUCUUUGGGAUGUCAAAACAGGAUAAUAAAAAGCCAAAUUAGAUGGUCAUACUAGGACUGUCUACUCAGUCUGUUUCUCUCCUGAUGGAAAUACAUUAGCCUCUGGUAGUUAAGAUAAGUCGAUCUGUCUAUGGGAUGUAAAAACAGGAUAAUUAAAAGCCAAAUUGAAUUGUCAUAAUAGUUAUGUCUACUCAGUCUGUUUCUCUCCUGAUGGAAAUACCUUAGCUUCUGGUAGUGAUGAUGAGUCGAUCCGUCUUUGGGAUGUCAAAACAGGAUAAUAAAAAGCCAAAUUAGAUGGUCAUACUAGGACUGUCUACUCAGUCUGUUUCUCUCCUGAUGGAAAUACAUUAGCCUCUGGUAGUUAAGAUAAGUCGAUCUGUCUAUGGGAUGUAAAAACAGGAUAAUUAAAAGCCAAAUUGAAUUGUCAUAAUAGUUAUGUCUACUCAGUCUGUUUCUCUCCUGAUGGAAAUACCUUAGCUUCUGGUAGUGAUGAUGAGUCGAUCCGUCUUUGGGAUGUCAAAACAGGAUAAUAAAAAGCCAAAUUAGAUGGUCAUACUAGGACUGUCUACUCAGUCUGUUUCUCUCCUGAUGGAAAUACAUUAGCCUCUGGUAGUUAAGAUAAGUCGAUCUGUCUAUGGGAUGUAAAAACAGGAUAAUUAAAAGCCAAAUUGAAUUGUCAUAAUAGUUAUGUCUACUCAGUCUGUUUCUCUCCUGAUGGAAAUACAUUAGCUUCUGGUAGUGAUGAUAAGUCUAUCCGUCUAUGGGAUGUCAAAACAGGAUAAUAAAAAGCCAAAUUAGAUGGUCAUACUCAUAAUGUCUACUCAGUCUGUUUCUCUCCUGAUGGAAAUACAUUAGCUUCUGGUAGUGAUGAUAAGUCUAUCCGUCUAUGGGAUGUCAAAACAGGAUAAUAAAAAGCCAAAUUAGAUGGUCAUACUCAUAAUGUCUACUCAGUCUGUUUCUCUCCUGAUGGAAAUACAUUAGCUUCUGGUAGUGAUGAUAAGUCUAUCCGUCUAUGGGAUGUCAAAACAGGAUAAUAAAAAGCCAAAUUAGAUGGUCAUACUCAUAAUGUCUACUCAGUCUGUUUCUCUCCUGAUGGAAAUACAUUAGCUUCUGGUAGUGAUGAUAAGUCUAUCCGUCUAUGGGAUGUCAAAACAGGAUAAUAAAAAGCCAAAUUAGAUGGUCAUACUCAUAAUGUCUACUCAGUCUGUUUCUCUCCUGAUGGAAAUACAUUAGCUUCUGGUAGUGAUGAUAAGUCUAUCCGUCUAUGGGAUGUCAAAACAGGAUAAUAAAAAGCCAAAUUAGAUGGUCAUACUCAUAAUGUCUACUCAGUCUGUUUCUCUCCUGAUGGAAAUACAUUAGCUUCUGGUAGUGAUGAUAAGUCUAUCCGUCUAUGGGAUGUCAAAACAGGAUAAUAAAAAGCCAAAUUAGAUGGUCAUACUAGUUAUGUCUAGUCAGUCUGUUUCUCUCCUGAUGGAAAUACAUUAGCUUCUGGUAGUGAUGAUAACUCUAUCCGUCUAUGGGAUGUCAAAACAGGAUAAUAAAAAGCCAAAUUAGAUGGUCAUACUAGAGAAAUUAUGUCAGUCUGUUUCUCACCUGAUGAAAAUACAUUAGCUUCCUGUAGUUAUGAUAAAUCUAUCCGUCUAUGGGAUGUCAAAACAGGAUAAUAAAAAGCCAUAAUAAAUUGUCAUUAGUAUUAAGACAACUUAGUCUGCUUUUCUACUGAUGGAAAUACAUUAGCUUCUGGUAGUGGUGAUUGCUCUAUCCGUCUAUGGGAUGUCAAAACAGAAUAAUUAAAUACCAAAUUAGAUGGUCAUACUAAUAUUAUCAACUCAGUCUGUUUCUCUCCUGAUGGAAAUACAUUAGCUUCUGGUAGUGAUGACAGCUCUAUCCGUCUAUGGGAUGUCAAAACAGGAUAAUAAAAAGCCAAAUUAGAUGGUUAUAGUGGAACUGUCUACUCAGUCUGUUUCUCUCCUGAUGGAAAUACAUUAGCUUCUGGUAGUGAUGAUUACUCUAUCUGUCUAUGGGAAGUCAAAACAGUAUAAUAAAAAGCCUAAUUAGAUGGUCAUAGUGGAAAUGUCUACUCAGUCUGUUUCUCUCCUGAUGGAAAUACAUUAGCUUCUGGUAGUGAUGACAGCUCUAUCCGUAUAUGGGAUGUCAAAACAGGAUAAUAAAAAGCCAAAUUAGAUGGUCAUACUAGAGAAAUUAUGUCAGUUUGUUUCUCACCUGAUGGAAAUAGAUUAGCCUCUGGUAGUAGUGAUAACUCUAUCCGUCUAUGGGAUGUCAAAACAGGAUAAUAAAAAGCCAAAAUAGAUGGUCAUACUAGUAUUAUCUUCUCAGUCUGUUUCUCUCCUGAUGGAAAUACAUUAGCUUCUGGUAGUGAUGACAGCUCUAUCCGUAUAUGGGAUGUAAAAAAUGAAAAAAAAAUUUCAUCCGAUGAAAAAAAAUAUAAAGAUAUUCUUACCUAGUUUAAAAUAACACUUUAGAAUAGCUCAUUAUUACCAAAUAGUAUUUGUUAUUCAUUAUUAUUUAGUUGAUCCAGAUUUUACAAUACUUAGAAUUUGUUAGAAUCCUUUAUUAGAAGCAUCAGGUACACUUAUCUUAUAAGGAGAAUUUAUAAACAAUCAAGGAAAAGAUUUAAAACCUUUAUUUAAAUCUAAAGGAAGUUGCUUUUUAGAAGACUUAUUGAACAAAUGA